AUGCCUCCAGUAAGGUCUGCUAGGGAUGAAAUAAAUCGAGACGAAGUAGAACCAGGAGUUUCCGGCGAGCACGAAGGUGAGAGACGAGGGAUUGCCACACGCAAAACUUCUCCAACCGCCGACCCCAUCGCCCAGGACCUAAUCCGAGGUCUCACCAAACACGUCCUGCAGAAGGACUACUUUUUGAAACAAGCCACGGAGCAGCAUCUGGCGCUCACGGUGCACGCGUUCGCGAAAUUAGGGAUCCGCGACGACAGGCUGUAUCCUGUGCAAAAGUAUCGUACUCGUAGUAAUUGCAUUUACGCAUUACUCAAGGUAAAUCAGCAUUACAAAUUCAAUUUGUACUUAAUGCCGGGGGAAUUUGUAAUGUAAUUUAUACUAGGACGACUACGAUGCUUUUGCAUUGCAUAGAGUGCUGCUGGGGAAAAUUUCCACGGAAAUCCGGCGGAAAAUCAACUCCUUUACGCCCCAGGGAGUCGCGAAUGUGUUGCACGGGUUUGCGAAACUAGACGUCCAGGUGAGUGACUUUGAUGAUUUGACAACCACUGUGGCAGAAGGGGAGGAGGGACCACGAAAGCAGAAGGAGCCCCAAG